CUUCACACGCGCUUAGAGAUAAUCCAUUGACAAAAGUCACAAAACUCCUCUACUAACAUGUUUUUCUAACUGAACUCUGAUUUGUUGUGACCAAUACCAAAACUCAUUUAUAUUCAUUAUCAGUUCUCAUCUAGAUCUUACAUCUGACGUGGGACAAGUUGCUCUUUUCUAGGGACAUUUCAGUCGCCAACCUGUAGCUGCAAAAAGAAAAAAAAAUUGUUGGCCUGUCCCCAACCCGUAUGUGCAAAGAGAAAAAUUUUGUUGGCCGCGAACAUGUUAACACCAAGUUUGUAGCACACAAUUUCUCCUAUUUUGAAAAGAAAUGUCAGAGUUCAAGUUCUCCUCAAACCCUCACAUUUCGCCUGGAAAGUAUUACUGUGUUUGAUAUUGACGUUUCUGAAUUAUCGUUUAUCAUUUGUUCAUUUCCACCCUACAUAUGCCAUAUGUUUCUUACAGAACCUCUCCAACUAAUAGAUAUUUUUAAUUAAUGUCAUUUAGUUAAAAAAAAAAACUGGUUUGAGUGAAGGCUUGCUGUAAUUUACAAUUUUGAAAAUGUCAAACACAACGGUCUGGUCUUCUAUACUACGCAAUUGCGUUCCUCUCUCUGCAGUCUCUCCAGCUAAACAAACCCAUGCCCAGAUCAUUGUUAAUGGCCUGCUUCACAACGUUACCCUCCAAACAGAUCUCUUGUUAGUCUAUUCCAAAUGUGGCAUUCUCCAAGAUGCGCGAAACGUUUUUGACAAAAUGUUCAAGAGAAACAUGCAUUCGUGGAACAUCAUGAUCGCUUCCUAUGUUCAGAAUUCUUUGUUUUAUGAUGCCUUGAGCGUUUUCCGUUGGUUUUUGAAAGUGGGUAAUCGACCAGAUCACUACACAUUGCCUCCUGUGUUCAAGGCAUGUACGGGUAGGGGAGAGUUUUCAUUAGGUGUCAUGCUGCAUAGUUGGGUGAUUAGACUUGGAUUUGAAAACUAUGUCGUUGUUGGAAGUUCGGUGUUGGAUUUUUAUUUGAAGUGUAGGCAUCUGGAUGAUGCAAAACGGGUUUUUGUCAACAUGUUGUGGAGAGACACGGUUGUUUGGAAUUUGAUGAUUUCUGGGUUUGGAAGGGCUGGUUUUCAUGUUGAUGCUUUGAAUUUUUUUAGGGACAUGCUUGGGGAUGGAGUGGAGGUGGAUGCCAUGACUAUCCCAAGCAUUUUGAAUGUCUGUGUAGGUGAAGGAGACUUGAUGAGGGGGAAAGAAAUUCAUGGGCAAGUAGUUAAGAGUUCACUCUUUGAUGGAGAUGUUGUAAUUGGGAAUUCUUUGAUUGAUAUGUACGCCAAAUGCGGGUGCUUGUGUUUCUCAGAAAAGGUUUUCCUGAACAUGUCUCAACUCAAUUUGGUGACAUGGACCACAAUGAUAUCUUGCUAUGGGUUGCACGGGAGGGGAGAGGAAUCUUUGGUUCUGUUCAAGGAAAUGAGGGACCGUGGAUUUGUACCUAACAGUGUCACUCUCACAGCAAUAUUGGCUAGCUGUAGCCACUCAGGUCUUAUAGAACAAGGCCGGAAGAUUUUCAACUCAAUAGGUUUACUUUAUGGGUUUGAACCCACUGUGGAGCACUAUGCUUGUAUGGUGGACCUCUUGGGCCGCUUUGGGUAUCUUGAGGAAGCAUUCGAAUUGGUAAAGAAUAUGAAGUUGGUGCCAACAGGAAGUAUUUGGGGUGCCCUACUUGCUGGUUGUAUAGUGCACAAGAAUGUUGUGAUAGGAGAAAUAGCAGCUCAUCACCUUUUUGAAUUGGAACCCAGAAACCCUAGCAACUACAUAGCCUUGUGUAGUAUAUAUGAUUCUCUUGGCAUGUGGGAUGGCAUUUCCAGAACCAGAGCAAAGAUGAGAGAAUUGGGCUUGGUGAAAACUUCUGGUUGUAGCUGGAUUAACGUCUCAGGAAAAGUUCACAAAUUCUACCAAGGAGACCUUUCUCCUCCACUAAGUCAGAUGAUAUAUGAAACAUUGGAUGGAAUAGUCAUGAUCAUGAUGUCAACUGAAGAUUGAAGAUAUAGGAAACACAUGUUUGACACUCAAUAGCAGAAGCACUGAGGGAUGAUUAUGCUUUUAACCCACAACCAGAUUCAAAGGCUGUGAAUCAUAAAAGCAAGAAUUUGUAAUCGUACACUGUUUAAUAGCUGCACAUUGAGGGAUGAAUUAUCUAUGUUCAUGCACACUUUCUGAGGUUCUAUGAUACCAACCUCUUCCCUUUCUUGGCAUUUGAGAGAGUUUGAUGGCCUUUGUCAGUUUGUCUCCUUGAAGUGGUCAAGAUGGUGAUGACUUGUCUCCAAAGUGGAUGCUGCCAUACCCAUAGCUUGAGGAUGAUCUUCUGCAGAUCAAUGUGUGAACCUCUGCCAACAGUCUCUCUUUCUUGAUCUCUUAUUUAAUACGCAUAUCCUCAUUGAUUGAUAGUAUAAUGGCCUGUACUCCAUGUGAACGUAUGAUGGCUUCCUGCACUUCCAUAUGUUCAUCAAUUUUUUUUAAUUUUUUUUUCUCCUAUUUAAAACUAGAACAUUUGUAUAUAUCUUCAUCAAUUUUCCCUAUAUCAGUUUCUUGAA